CUCGUGGCAUAUUGCAGCGCGCCCGGCCACCAACAUAAUCUAAUAUGAAGACACCGGCAAUCUGCACGCCGUACCCCACACGUUAACAAUGCGUCCGCAUCGUGUAUAAGCCGCACUCAACAACGUACUUUUCCGCAACUAUGGUGGGCACUAGGGCGCUGUGUUUGAUCCCAUUGACAACUCGCGGGCCGAUCUUGCCGGAUUCUUCACCGAAGCGAACAGGAACCACCCGUCAGCUUGAAAUUACAAACGGCCGUUUCUCUCAGUGGUGAAUUACGGCGCUUUUUUCUUGUUCGUAGACCGGGGAACCUCGUUCGGCGAAACGUCUGGACUAUCGUUUUCCCGGGACACAAUGAAGGGAACUACGCGCAAGGCACAGAACAAGUCCCUGCAGCCUGUCUGCCGGGACUACACCAUCCAUCUUCACAAGCUGAUUCAUGGUAUCCAGUUUAAGAAGCGUGCACCGAGAGCGCUUCGGGAAAUCCGUCGUUUCGCUCAGAAGACCAUGCACACCAAGGAUGUCCGCAUUGACACCAAACUGAACAAGUUCAUCUGGUCUGGCGGCAUCAGAAAUGUGCCUCGUCGUGUGCGCGUGCGUAUCGCUCGCCGACGAAACGAUGAUGAGGACAGCAAGGAGAAGUUCUACACACUUGUCCAGCACGUCCCUGUUGCAUCCUUCGAGAACCUGAAGACUGAGUAUGUGAAUGAGGAGUAGAGGUCGCAAGAAAGUGGUCUUCUACGUCAUUGACAUGGUAGAUCCUCUCUCACGUUUAUUCACUGUGCUGGUGGGAUCUGCCCUCUUGUUUCUGUCUUCGCCUUGUGGAAUGUUUUCCUUCUCGGUCGUUGCACACGAUUGAACGUUGUUCUAAGAGCUUUCCAGAGGGCAAACUGCCUGACGAUACUGAUAGACUUGCAGUACGUAGAUACUGCUUCCAAGCUGGUAGACAGGGAAUUGGAGCAACUUUUGCAAGACAGAGACAGCGAUAUGCGUAAGAGUUGUCUCGCGCAUGUACAAAUACACGGAGUCAGUGCGGCCCUCUCUUAUUACGCGUAGAGAUCGAUUCCUGCUAGAAGGCGACAUGAGAGGUACACCGUUCACUAAGGUUCUGCAGGAAGGCACGUACUGCAGUUUCGCAGAUGCAGUUCCAGAGAAUGUCGUAACUAGAUAAACAUGCGAGAGACCUAAUCUCGAAAGGAAACUGUCAACUGGGACUGAGGCAACCGCCGUUCUCGUCAGUGUGACAGGUGACCACAUGCGAUACCGGUCUCGCGCCAAAGACAACAACCGCAGCAUGGUUGAUGGGCGCCCUUGCAGUGCAAGUUAUUAGGAUUCGCUUUGCUAGCUCUUCACUAAUGGUCCGGCCCCUGGUACAACAUAGAUUUUCUGUCUGUAGUAAAUGCGAAACAUUCGCUGUUGGCACUCUAUGAGGGGCUCAAUUCCAGAGUGACUGACCAACUGUGGAUCUUUGUUCUGCUGCGCCAAGUUUGUGUAAUUAUGUCAAGCCCAUUCGCGAUGUGUCGGGACCCCCGAAUACGAUGAAAUCCAUUUUAUCUCAAGGAAACAGUUUUUCUACAUUCGCCCUAAAACAGUCCGAUCCAUGAUUUGGAUCAAAUCCUCUUUUUCCCGCCGGAUGCCAACAAGUUCUCUGGGAGUCGCGGGAAAAGCCCGCAGUGGAAACCGCAGCUGAUUGACUGAGUGGAAGACAGCAACCGCAAAAGAGCUGAAGUAGAAUAGAAAAGAACGAGCUCGCUCAAGAUUCGUCUGCUCGAUCGACGGGCGAUCGCACUCGCGUGGAAGGAGUGGCCCCACCAUCAGAUUCACCCGAUUCUUGCACGCGUCCUAAUCUGAACAGCAAGAUCUCUCGCCAUGUAUCGCGGGGGAUAUCGGAGGCGUCGUCCAUAAAGAGUUGAAGCAAUUCUUGCCUUCCACUCACUGGCGUCAAAGUCAACUCCGAGACUGCAGCUUGUGCUGUAGCAGCUUGUUUGCUCCCCGCAAACCUCGAAACACUCGGUACUGUUGUUGGUAAUCGUCGGUGGCUUCCCGGUCUGUAAUUCCGUUCGUUUCUCGCUGCGAUUGUCACCUCCAGUGCGUCCGCGAGGCCGUUGUCGUACGCGUUCAAGUGACGGAAGUCAGCAUGCCUUGUUUCUGUCAGUAAGUCUGAAGGUGCUGUUCCCUUGCGCGUCGAGUGUUGCGGAGACAACAAAGCAGGCUCUUCUUCGGAACCGGAAGUCGGGCUCCUUGCAACAACAGUGAUACUUUGCAAUCGAUGGGGUCGUUGUAACAAAGCAGGUAAAGAUUUUCCAGCUCGAGACGUCGUGCCAACAAGAGUUUCUGCGAACUGAGGUCUCCUAACAUGAGGCGGAUACUCAGACUCGAGGGCGCGCGUUGGGUUUGUUUUCUCCAGGAGCCGUGUGGAGGUCGCAUAAACUGCGGUACACGUAAAACAGGCAAUCACCAUCCUAAAAACUGCACAGGGUUCCAAAAUUACAUGUAACCAAAUACUAAAUCGAGAAAGAUGUGUAUGUAG